UGACGUGACUGUAUUGAUACGUGUCGGCGUAAGGGGCCACGAUUUCCACUUAUUUGCCAUCCAAACGCUUGCUAUCUUUGGUCGACGCAUCAUACAUACAGUCCGUUUAUUCAUUUAGUGUCUUGUGUUUUCUCUACUCGUUUGUGUUAUUUAACUCCUCUUACAAGAAAGACCAUACAAAUUAAUUCAUCAUGGGGAUCAAGUUUCUGGAGGUGAUAAAACCGUUUUGUAGCAUAUUGCCGGAAAUUGGAAAGCCACAACGCAAGAUCCAAUUUAGGGAAAAAGUAUUAUGGACGGCAAUUACUCUUUUCAUUUUCUUGGUCUGCUGCCAGAUUCCUCUUUUUGGAAUAAUGUCAUCAGACAGUGCGGAUCCAUUUUACUGGAUUCGUGUUAUUCUCGCCUCAAACAGAGGAACCUUAAUGGAACUUGGUAUUUCUCCGAUUGUGACUUCCGGAUUGAUUAUGCAGCUGUUGGCAGGUGCAAAAAUAAUAGAAGUGGGUGAUACGGCUAAGGAUCGUGCCCUUUUUAAUGGAGCUCAAAAAUUAUUUGGUAUGGUCAUUACUGUUGGUCAAGCAAUUGUUUAUGUAAUGACUGGAAUGUACGGUGAUCCUGCCGAAAUUGGAGCUGGUGUUUGUCUACUAAUUAUUAUUCAAUUAUUCGUCGCUGGAUUAAUUGUUCUCUUAUUAGAUGAAUUAUUGCAAAAGGGUUAUGGACUUGGAAGUGGAAUUUCACUAUUUAUUGCCACCAAUAUUUGCGAAACUAUCGUUUGGAAAGCAUUCUCGCCCGCUACUGUCAAUACAGGCCGAGGAACGGAAUUCGAGGGAGCUGUAAUUGCAUUGUUCCAUCUUUUGGCCACAAGACAGGAUAAAGUACGAGCUCUUCGUGAAGCCUUCUACAGACAGAAUCUUCCAAAUUUGAUGAAUCUUCUAGCUACGAUUCUCGUCUUUGCUAUAGUAAUUUACUUCCAGGGCUUCAGGGUGGAUCUUCCAAUCAAAUCGGCUCGCUAUCGUGGACAGCAAAGCAGUUAUCCGAUAAAACUUUUCUACACGAGCAACAUUCCAAUUAUCCUUCAAUCGGCGUUGGUCUCAAAUUUGUACGUUAUCUCACAAAUGCUGGCAGUUAAAUUCCAAGGGAAUCUUAUAGUUAAUUUAUUGGGAGUUUGGUCGGACGUGAGCGGCGGCGGUCCUGCGAGAUCAUAUCCUGUCGGUGGUUUAUGUUACUAUUUAUCGCCACCCGAAUCAGUUGGUCAUAUUCUCCAGGAUCCCGUUCACGCAAUGCUCUACAUUCUCUUUAUGCUUGGAUCCUGUGCCUUCUUCUCAAAGAGUUGGAUCGAAAUUUCCGGAAGUUCCGCUAAAGACGUUGCCAAGCAACUGAAGGACUCACAGAUGGUGAUGCAGGGACAUCGAGAAAAGUCCUUGAUCCACGAAUUGAACAGAUAUAUCCCAACGGCAGCGGCAUUCGGCGGUCUUUGUAUAGGUGCUCUCUCAGUUUUAGCCGAUUUCCUCGGUGCUAUUGGUUCCGGAACGGGAAUUUUACUCGCCGUCACAAUUAUCUAUCAGUACUUUGAGAUUUUCGUCAAGGAACAAAGUGAAAUGGGUGGAAUGAGUACAUUACUCUUCUAAAAAAGAAAAAACAUGCAAAAAAAAAUUCAAAAAUGCUCGUAGACUUGAAAAGUGAAUUUUUCAAUGCCCUCCCUCCUCCCCCCUCAAGAACUGAAUAAUAUUUAUUAUACAUAUUAUAUAUAUAUAAAAAAAAAGAAUUAAGUAUCAGCGUGGUUCUGAUUCUUGAUUUCAAAUUGUGAGCCAGGAAAAACGAGGGUCUUUAUAAAAUAACUCUAGACAUAGAAUUUAAUUUAUUUUUUCCAAAUAUGAAAUCUAAAAGGAAAUUUCUUUUUCGAUAGAUUUCUUUUUCUCUUAAAAAAAAAAACAUCGGAGAAAAAAGUACAAAGUUCUAUCUAGAUUUCAUUUUUAAGGUGGUGGCCCUCGAAUGCUUGGUUUUUUCGUUUUUAAAACUCGAUUUUAUCGGGUGUUUGAAAAAGAAGAAAAAGACUCAGUGAGUACGCGUGAUUUGAAAAAUAUCACACUAGGCAAUACUCGCAAUGUAAUUUUUACAGGACGAGGAGCAACCCACCUAAAAAGGGGUGUUAAUAAUUAUUCAGCGACUGACUAAUCCAGUUCGCUCGCAUACCAUCAUUCCUGUAUUAUUAUUGUUAACAAUACUGAAUGCGUAAAUUAAUUAUACAAUUCUCUCGAGUCGUGUGGACGUUGAACUUUUUUAUAUUAAUUUUUUCAAGAUAAAUUCCCAUCGACCACACGACACGAGAAAAAAAAUUAUAUUGUGCAAAUUGUGAGAAUAUUUUACUCUAAGAUUUAAAUUAAGAUCUCUUGUAAUCAAGAGAGAGAGAAGAAGAAAAAAAAACAGCUUUUAUAAAAAUUUCAAACUA